CGGCGUGUAUGCGGAGAUGAAGCUGCUGACCGAGGGCCUGGCUGUCCUUGCUCCGGGCAUGAGUGACUCGUGCGCAGCGGUCGAAAGUGCAGUACGCGACUCGACGCGCGUGGCGCAGGACACGACACACGACGUGCUGGCACAGAUGGAGAAGGCGCUGGCGCGCAUCGAGGCGCUCAGCGAGAGGCGCCGCGAGCUGUACAAGGAGCGUGCCAAAGGUCGCGCAGACUGGACCACGCGCGCCGCCAUGCUGCGACAGCUGCAGGCCGACAAGGUCGCAGGCCUCGAGAAGGACUUCCAGAAGCGCCAGGCCGAGCUGCGCAAGGAGCUCGCGGACCACUCGAAGCAGCGCGGCGGCGAGCUGCAGCUGCGCGCGGCCAUCGAGGGCAUGCUCAGCGCCAUCUGACCUGGUCGAGGGGAUCGCAACGACUCGACGAC